AUGGAGAGAGUCCAUGCAUCUGCAUGGGAGCAGUUCAUCAAGAAAUUGGCAGGGACAUGCUCUUGUCGGACUCCACUGUUGAAGAACUAUGACAGAAUUGAUAUCCUAGCACGCAAAACAUCACAUCUAAGAGGACGAAUUACCAUCACAAUGAUUUCGCCAGAACCAGAGCCUGUCACUCUCAAAGCCGCUUGGCUUCGGAUUUAA